AUGUCACUCAGCCGCGUCACCUCUAAAGGCUUGGGGCAUAUUCAGCUGGGCAGCGGUGACCGAUCCGAUACAACGACCACCGGCAACGUCGGCAACGAUGGCCGUGUCAAGGUCCGGUUCCAUGAGAAUCCUCAGACACUGGCGGCUUGGUUCCGGAACGCCCAGGGCGCCUUCAGGCCUCCAUCUAUCGACAACAGCUGCAGAGAAGACGAUGGAGGCAGGGUGCGCAGACACAGCAGUGUUGUCUUUGAGAAUCUGAGGCAGCACCCGCCGGCGGCGAGCCCGCGCCUGAACAUCGCCAUCCACAUCGUCGGGUCGCGCGGGGACAUCCAGCCCUUCAUCCCCAUCGCCCAGCUGCUCAUGCAGCCGCCCUACGGCCACAGGGUGCGCAUAUGCACGCACCCCGUCUUCAAGGAGUUUGUCGAGUCCAACGGCGUCGAAUUCUUCAGCAUCGGCGGCGACCCGGAGGCGCUCAUGGCGUACAUGGUCAAGAACCCCGGCCUGCUGCCCAGCCGCGAGAGCGUCAAGGCCGGAGACAUCGGGCAGCGCAGGAAAGAGAUGGCCGAGAUCAUCAACGGCGCGUGGCGGAGCUGCAUCGAGGCAGGGGACGGCAUGGGAGAGCGCACGACGGCCGCUACCGUCAAAGACGCCAACCAUCUCUUCGUCGCCGACGCCAUCAUCGCCAACCCGCCAUCGAUGGCACACAUUCACUGCGCCCAGAAGCUCGGCGUGCCGCUGCACAUGGUCUUCACGAUGCCGUGGUGCCCUACCCAGGCUUUCCACCAUCCCCUGGCGUCCAUGAGCUACGGCGACGCGGACAAGAGCGUCGCCAAUUACCUCUCCUUCAUCAUGAUGGAGCUCUUGACUUGGCAAGGACUCGGUGACGUGAUCAACAAAUUCCGCACACAGACCCUGGGCCUGGAUCACAUCAGCCCCAUGUGGGGAUGCCAGCUCCUCCCCAGGUUACGCGUGCCGUACACGUUCCUUUGGUCCGAGUCUCUCAUCCCGAAGCCGAAAGACUGGGACUCUCAUAUCAACAUCACCGGCUUUUCCUUCCUACCCUUGGCUGACAAGUACACCCCGCCCCCGGACCUGACGGCCUUCUUGGAGAGCGGGCCACCGCCGGUCUACAUCGGCUUCGGCUCCAUCGUCGUCGACGAUCCGAAAGCCCUCACGCAGCUCAUCUUCAAGGCCGUCGAGAUCGCAGGUGUCCGCGCCAUCGUGUCCAAGGGGUGGGGCGGCGUCGGGGGCAGCCAUAACGUCCCGGACGACGUCUACCUCAUCGGCAACUGCCCGCACGACUGGCUCUUCAAGCGCGUCUCCGCCGUCGUCCACCACGGCGGCGCCGGGACGUCCGCAGCCGGCAUCGCCGCCGGCCGUCCCACGGUCGUCGUUCCUUUCUUCGGCGAUCAGCCGUUCUGGGGCCAGAUGAUCGCCCGAGCGGGCGCCGGCCCGGCGCCGGUGCCGUUCAAAGAGAUGACGGCCGAGACCCUGGCGUCGAGCAUCACCUUUGCGCUGAAGCCCGAGGUCCAGGUGGCGGUCCAGCAAAUGGCGCAGCGAAUCGCCGAAGAGGACGGCGCGGGCGACACGGCGAGAGGUAUCCAGGAGAGGCUCGCAAUUGACACCAUGAGGUGCGACAUCUGCCCCGAACGACUGGCGGUCUGGAGGCACAAGAAGACCGGCGCCCACCUGAGUGGUUUUGCCGUUACCUGUCUGAUCGACCAGGGGUACAUGAAGCCCCAUGAAAUGAAGCUCCUGAGGCAAAAGCACUGGUAUGUCGACGAGGGUGCAGAGUCCCCCAUCAUCGGCCUGGUCGCAGCAGCCGCAGGCUUCUUCACUGCCGUCGGGACAGCGACCUCGGACUACUCUCAGCGACUGCGCAACCCUCAACCAUCGAUGCGGGUGCGCGAAACCGAAAUCGACUUCGAGGACCAGCUGGGCCAAGGAAAGCCCGCAGAGGGGGAAAUCAACACAACCCGCGAGGCAUCGGUGGAGCCCAGCGGCGAGGGGGAAGCGAAUCCGGCGGAUGGACAUGCGAAGAAGAUUGAAAGGAGAAGCACAAUGACGCCGAGGCAGUUGAAGAGCCUUGCCAUGAAGAUGGCCACCAAGUCCCUUCGGUGCGCCAACCCCGCCGCCGAGCUCGCGCUGGAGGACUUGACGAAGCGAGGGAGGCGGAAGAAGUCGGUCAUGUCCAUUGGGAAGCGCCAGCGAAGUCGGCCGAUGGAGAUCACCCGCGCGACCGGCCGCUACGGCAUCGAGGUGGCAAAGGCCGGGCUCAAGGCACCGGUUGCCGUCUUCUACAACGUGGCCAACGGCUUUCACAACUUCCCGUCGUACGGCUUUGCGGGCCACGACGUGAGGAGGCGGGACGAAAUCACCGGGUUGGGGAGCGGCCUUCGAACGGCGGGCAAAGAGUUCGCCUUGGGGGGCUGGGAAGCUUUCAGCGGUGUCAUCGUGAAGCCAUACAAGGGAGCAAAGAAUGAGGGUAUCAAGGGUUUCGGUAAGGGCACUUGGCAAGCCCUUCGCGGGUUCACAUAUAACAUCUUUGCCGGGCUUUUUGGUUUACCCGGUUACACGCUGAAAGGACUCGAAAAGGAACUUUCCAAACACAGACUAACCGAACUCAGGGCUGAGGUUAUGUUGAUUCAGUUGAGACGUGGUAUGGUCGACUAUAGGACGUCGACCGAGGCGGACCGCGAGGAAGUGAUUGUACGAUGGAAGGAAUUUUUAUCGGCCAGACCAUGA